GGAAGGUCAGCAUGUCAACUGUUAAAAGGAAAUCUUGCCAGCAUACAUGAUGACUUGAUGCAAGCUUUCCUGACUUACAAUUUAAAAGAUUUUAAAAAUCCUGUCUGGAUUGGAUUGAAUGAUAUCAGCUGGGAUAAGAAGUAUCGAUGGACAGACCAGACUGGAGUAUAUUAUACCAACUGGGCCAAAGGUCAUCCAUCCGCGAGAAAUUAUUACUAUUAUAACUAUGAGGACAAAACUGACUGUGUGGCUAUGAAAGUGGGUGCAGUGAUGGAUGCUAGGACCUGGACCGAAGAAGACUGUGAACUGAAGAAAGGAUACAUUUGCCAAAAAUCUGAAGACCCUGACCUACCUGUUGUGACAACUGUGACUCCACCAUCAGACCAGUAUAUGUUUGCUGAUGCCAGCUACAAGUUUCAGAGAACAAAGAUGAAGUGGGAUGAGGCUCAGGGAAUGUGUAAACAAUCGGACUAUGACCUUGCCAGCAUUUUAGAA